AUGCCUACAAAUAAACCAAACAUUCCACCCGCUCCGCAACCCACCCGAGUCUUCUUCGAUCCCUUCAACUCCUCCUCCACAGGCCAUCAACGCGCCGAAAACACACUUUCGGGAAGCACAUCAUGGCGAGACUCACGCACAUACAAGCUUUCUCAUCAGUUGAGGGACCGGAGUGGUCGUGGAGGUGAUGCCCAUCUAUCGGAUCUUGUUGGUGCUGGAAGCGUCAACUACAGGAAGGAUGGGAGGAAGGGCAAUGGUGAUUGGGAGAAGGGUGCGCCGGGUCUGCGUGAGAGUGGCUGGCAGGAUAUCAGAGGUCUUAUGGCAGGUAGUAGGAAGAGAUGUGCUGAGUCCAAGGACGAAGACAUGGGCCAAUCGAAGAAAUUGAAGCAGGACUCUGAGGGCAAUAAACCAUCCAAGGAUUCCACUACCAACACGAUUACAGCAACUGAAGAGAAGAUAUCUCCAGAGAGUUGCCCAGACCAGCUCGUCACGACUACAAAACAGCCGCCACAGAUCUUCCGCGGAUUAACCAUGUAUCUCAAUGGAUCCACGGCUCCAUUGGUGUCAGAUCACAAGAUCAAACAACUCUUCGUCCAGCACGGAGGCAAUUCGUCCUUCGCUUUGGGACGGAAAACCGUCACUCAUGUGAUCAUCGGAAGUACAUGCGGUGGUGGCCUUGCCGCCACAAAGAUCAACAAAGAAAUCAACACCGUCAGAGGCAAGGGGAUUAAAUACGUCACGGCGCAAUGGGUACUGAGCAGCAUUGAGCAAGGCAUUCGACAACCUGAGGCGAGAUACGUCCCCGGGAAUCUCAACACGAAGAUCGCCGGGAAUGGACAACGGAGUGUGAGGAUGGUUUUCACACCUACGACGAAAUGA